AUGUCUCGCACUCACGAUCCGACCUCACCUCCUCGCCCCUCACGUUCACUUGAAGGACGCGUCGCAAUCGUCACUGGAGCUGGCUCUCGCGCAGCAGGCAUAGGCAACGGACGCGCCGCGUCGAUCUUACUCGCAGAAGCCGGUGCACAUGUUGUCUGCGUCGACCUGAACCUCGACUGGGCGAACGUCACCGUCUCGAUGAUCGAAAAAGAGUUCGGGGCGAACAGGGCGAUAGCUGUCCAAGCAGACGUGACCCUCUCUGCAGACUGCAAGCGCGCAGUGGACACUGCGCUUUCUACGUUCGGCCGGCUCGAUAUUCUCGUGAACAACGUCGGGGUCAGCGGGCCUGAUGGGACUGCUGUUGAUGUCGACCCGGCGGAAUGGGUGAGGGGGAUGGAGAUCAAUGUUGGGAGCAUGAUGCUCAUGACGAAGUACGCUGUGCCUGCGAUGGAGAGGAACGUGCGGCACCCGAUCGCGGGUCAGGGCAGUAUCGUGAAUAUCUCGAGCGUGACGGGGUUGGUGGGUGGGAUGCCGAUGCUGCUGUACCCCACGAGCAAAGGCGCCAUCGUGAAUAUGACGCGCGCGAUGGCGGCGCACCAUGCGCCGAGCGGGAUUAGGGUGAACUGCGUUUGCCCUGGGAUGCUCUACACGCCGAUGCUCUUCUCCAACGGUAUGACCCCAGAAGUGAGAGAAGAACGUCGAGAAAGCAGCCUACUGAAGACAGAAGGCAACGGGUGGGAUUGUGGGUGUGCGGUUCGGUUUUUGGCGAGCGACGAAGCAAGGUGGAUGACGGGGGUCAUUCUGCCCGUCGACGCUGGUUUCACUGCAGCCCCAGCAGGCGGUCUGAUUGGUCAAGGUCUGUCGGGCUCUGUUCCGACUGCAGAGAAAGCAAAGCUGUGA